UCCCGUCUUCAGUCGGCCAUCUUUAAAUCUUCUAUUUUGAUUUGUGCAGUGGAAUUUCGCGUGUGCCCGGCCGCCUGCAGAAAAUAAAUGCAGCGCUGAAAACACCGAGCUAUGUGCGCAUAUGUCAGCCACAAGCACCUUCAGCACCAGUGACGAACCGAGCACAGGAGACCAGCUCGUUUUCAAGCGGAGAAAAUUGUCGGAGAACCAGUACGUCUCGGAGCGUCCAUCCAAAAGGGCAUUUUCGAUGACGGACACCACGAAAAGAGUGAUGUACUCAGCAUUAGCGGGCUCCAAUGGUGUCAAGAAGACCGUUUCGCCGAUGUCCAACAACAAGCCCAACUCGGCCAAAAAGCUGGUCAUCAAAAACUUCGAACGGCCGCAGUUGCCCGAGCAAUAUGCCGAUGAGGCAUGGGCACAGCUGCGCGGGGCUGUCGUGGCCAUCCAGCAGUCGCAGCACAUCUCGACAUCCCAUGAGGAGUUGUACCAGGCUGUGGAGAACCUCUGCUCACACAAGAUGGCCCCACAGCUGUACGACAACCUACGCUCGCUCUGUGAACAGCACGUUCGCUCCGCCCUCAGCACUUUCUCCAGAGAUUCGCUCGAUAGCAAUUUGUUUUUAAAGCUUAUGAACACAUGCUGGCAGUCUCAUUGCCAACAAAUGAUUAUGAUUCGAAGCAUAUUUUUAUUCCUGGACAGAACGUAUGUGCUCCAGAAUGCUUCAGUAGCUUCCAUUUGGGAUGUGGGCUUGGAACUGUUUCGCACCCACAUAGCCAGCAAUCCCGGUGUGCAAAGUCGUACUGUAGAUGGCCUACUCGAAUUGAUUGAACGCGAGAGGGGUGGUGAUGCUGUCGACCGGUCCCUCCUGAAAUCUCUUAUCAGAAUGCUCUCAGACUUGCAGAUGUACGGGGAAGUGUUCGAAGGUCGCUUCCUGGAGGCAACAGAACGGCUUUACGGGGAAGAAGGCCAGCAGCUUCUUCAGGAAGCAGAGGUGCCCGCCUACAUGCAACACGUUGAGCGUCGCCUGAAUGAGGAGCAGGAGCGUCUGCUGUACUACCUCGAUCACUCCACUAAGAAAGCUCUCAUUGGCUGCGUGGAGAGGCAGCUCUUGGGACAGCACUUGGGUCCCAUCUUACAGAAAGGUCUAGACCAGCUGCUUGAUGAGAACAGACAUCUAGGCCUCAUGUACAGCUUGUUUGCCCGUGUCAAAGAUGGACUACCUAUGCUCUGCACACACUUCAAUCACUAUGUCAAGAAACGUGGUCGGGUAAUAGUAAGCAACCCAGAGCGAGACAGGUCCAUGGUACAGGAGCUGCUGGACUUUAAGGAUCAGAUGGAUCAAGUGGUUAACCAUUGCUUCCACCGCAACGAGAAGUUUGUCAACUCACUCAAGGAAGCGUUUGAGUACUUCAUUAACCAGAGGCCGAACAAGCCAGCCGAGCUCAUAGCCAAAUUUGUGGACUCAAAGCUCAGGGCAGGAAACAAAGAGGAUGUGCCGCUUACAUCUGACGCAUCACCCAUCGAUGACAUGUGUGAAGUCACGGGAGGUCGUUCCUUCUGCGUGAGUUCGCACCGGCUCCUAGUGCAGAGUUUGGAAGCCCUAGUGGCCAAGGUGCAGGGAGGUGUGGUCAUCAACUUUGAGCGGCCGCCUGAGGACGUCUGGGAGCCCAACUGGCAGAGCUGUCGUCGACUCAUCUACGUGCAACGCUCAGCCCAGAAGGGCUACUCAGUUGGCCACUGGCCUCUUCCAGAGGCCUUUUGGCCAGACUUGAACUCCCCUUCACUUCCUCCACGCAGUGCACAUCCCCAGGUGCGUGUGAGCGGCUCACCGAGUGAACCUCUUCUGCUGGACAACUUGCCAUUUGACAAGUACGAGCUGGAGCCGUCGCCAUUGACCCAGGCCAUCCUGGGGCGCAAGCAGCCUACAGUGGCCUUUGCAGUUUCGGUGGCUGGAGCGGCACCUCAGAGGGGUGGCAGUGCCUUUGGCUACCUCAAGGCCAGCUCGAGCCUGGCGUGCGUGAACCUAUUUGUGCUUCCGUACAAUUACACUGUGCUGCUGCCACUGCUGGAUGAACUGUUUCGUGUGCAUCGGUGCAAGCCGCAGCGUGAGUGGAAGUUGCAGUUUGAUGCUUACCUCAAGGGCAUGCCACUGUACUACGCCGGGCCGCUGAAGCGUGCCCUGCAGCGUAUGGGCGCACCAAACUUGGUGCCAGACUCAAUGGAGAAUUGCCUCAGUUACACUGUGCUCAACUACCUCAAGCGCCUUAAGAACCAGGCGAAGGCCGAAUACGAGAAAGUGGUGAGUGCAGUGGGUGGGCCCAAGACAGGCCUGGGUGCCGAAGGUGUGCGGGUGAGCCCCGGAGUUCCACGGCCAUCCACGGGUGAGGUGACGAAGCUGUCCGAGCUGGCUCUCAGCUGGAAUCCCGCUCUGCGCGAACGCCUGCAAGGCUUGCGCCAAGAGCUCAGCGAUUUCUCAGGCUUUGCGCUGGCACCAGCACCACCACGGCCCCCCGACACGGCUGAGGCACCUCCGAGAAAUCCUUUCGAUAUCAGUCGUGCCUCUCUACUCCACCAGGUAGCACGGAUGCGGGCACGCUAUCUGCACCCCGGCACUAUCACACGGUUGCAAGAUGCUGAACAAUUGCACAACCUUCCUGUGAGCCAAAUGGGUAACUACCAGGAAUAUCUUAAGCGGAUGCCCACACCAUUGCGAGAAAUUGAAUCUACACCUGUACGGCAGCACAUGUUUGGCAACCCAUUCAAGAUUGAAAAGCGCAUGAUGGUGGAUGAAGCCGACUUGGACCCAGCUGCUAGCCAAGCACGAGGGCACAAGCGACCUGCAGCCGAGGCUCCUGGGGGACCUAGGGCUAAACGGCGGCCUGGACCUCUGCCUCGGAACUUCACUCGUAGCCGAAGUCCUAUGCCAAGUCCUCCUUCUACUCCCGAACCGGCUACUGCCAAACGGAGCCCGCCCAGGGAGGAGGAGACGAGCAAUGGCUGGGCGCCUAAUGAACCAGCUUCUUGGGAGGAGAGAAAUGGCCAGGUGGCUCCACGGUGGCGCGACAAUGGUCUUAUUAGGGGCUGCCUGCUCAAGGAAGUCAGGAAACCUGGCAGAAACUUUGAGCGUCUUUUCGAGUUGCUGGGCCUAGUGCAGGGAGGCCUGGAAACGCAGGUGUGUAUGGUGCGCCAUGUGAUCCACGAAGCGGGACGUUUCAAGCGCCGCCUGCUCAUGCAGAUGCUGCAGGACUUUGAGCAGCGGCUCGUUGAUGCAGCUGCCUUCCCAUCAGCUUAGUUGCACGUGUGGCACGAGACAGUCUGUUUUAUGCGCUUUUAUUUUGAUCACAAGAGAAUGCUCAGCCAGGCCAGGAUGAGCACUGUGCCGCCAAAGGGGGCACCGUACUUGACCGAAGGGUUGCCCGUCAGGGCAUACGCGUAACACGAGCCGCAGAAAAGGCCCAUGCCCACCAAGAGGAGACUGCCCACCUGCAAACGAAAAUCAAGUUACUGCUCUGGGCUAAGGUCGUUUGUGAAAAUGUUUUGUUACUUUUUCAAUGACCCGUGUGCACGUUGGUGGCUGCUUUGCAAGUAGUGUGGAACAUGAGUCUUGAAAUUGAGCUAACUUGGGAUGCUACGGAAGACGCCUGUUGUUGGCUCAAAUAGUACGCACAAGUCAUGACUGUGAGCUUGCCACUAUCAUCACUGAUGGUUUUUGUUCUCGUUGUUGUUUGUUUUUUCGAUCUCUUUGUAUGUUCUCCAGUUAUGUUUUUUCAAAGUUCAUUUCACAUAUUUCCCCUACCCUACCUGUUGAUAUGCUCUCGCCUCUUUUACAACAGUUGCAAUGCAAUGCGAGGUGGCUGGGCAGAGUAAACCAAACACACCAUAGACUAUUAUUUCCUAUUUGCAGUGUUCAGUCUCAUUUAAUCAUGCAUAAAUUGGUUUUGUCACCUGUUCAGUGCCAGAGGCUAUUGUUAUUUUUUAUUGCACAAUGGGUAAUUGGCAAGUGAACCCAUCUCGGGUCCAAAUUUUCCAGCAAUAACGAACAUGACCAGCUGCUGAUUUCACCAUUUUCGAUGCCACGAGAGAUUUGGUUCCACGUGUUAGUUACUGCAAUAAGAGCGAUUUCUCAGUUCAACCACAGCACUGGCAGUCAAUGUUCUAAAAGAUAAGAGAAUAUUUCUGCACAGUCACGGUAUCCUACUCGCCUAGAGAACGAUCUCCUUUAUGAAAGUGAAGACUACACUUCAUAGUACUACUUUGAAUCAGAAAGUGCAUAUUCAGUUAGCAUUGAGUUGUGCAGCCAUGGGAUCCAGUGACAGUUUUAAUGUAAGGAAAAGCAGUGUACUGUCGGUGUCAAGGGAAGAUCGAGCAGUGGCAAGCAUUCACAAUGGUAUAGUGAUAUCCUUUCAGUCAUGGCCAUUGACAGGCACACGCAUCCGGUUGGGCAGCACAGUGCAUACGCGCCUGUUCAUAGUGAUGACUGGACAUCGAGAAUGCUUGCCGCUGUUUGCGUUUCAUUCGUCACCGACUGCACUUGGCAAGCCACAUGGUACGCUUUGUCUCUUCGGUCUUCGGCAUCUUAAUUUCGUAAAUGUCUCCCAUCUUUCCUUUAUUCAAGUGUCCGGUGUUUAUUGCUACUGUUUACAUCCAGAUGCAAUCUGUCCAUUUAAAGUGCCCGGUUAUUGUAUUGUAAAUAUUGUACGUUGCCCAGCUAUCUUGCCACACGGUCUUAUUUGUACAGCUGCAUUAUCACCACUAUAUUCCAUUUUUAUAAAAUGGGAAGGAAGUCUCUGGCUGAAAUAACUUUGGCCCAAUACACAAGAGCAUGGGGUUUCCAUUGUACAGCGUACAUGCACUGCCUUUCAUGGGGGGCACUCAUUGCCAUCUCCGUACUUACUGGCUUGAUGACUGGUUACUUUUUGUAUAUAGCAGCUUCAUUGGGUUUGAGAUGUUCUUAUACAUUUCUGUUUCUUCACUCAAGAUAGCUGUACAUAAGAGGCUGCUAACAAUCAUUAUGUCUUCAAGCAGCGAGGACAAGAACGAAUUGUGUCAUGUACAAAGUAUAAACAUCAAUGUGUGCCUAUGUGUCAUUUCAUCAGAGCGUUAAGUGUCAAUAAGGAUUUGUUUAUACCAUGUUAUAUGUGCCCUCUCUCAAAUUUGCUUUUAUGGCUGCAUCGACAGCUAAAAAAGUGGCAUCAAGGCAAUACUGUUUUUUUUUUUUUCAUUCAACUUCAUGGGUCUCUUUCAGACUGCUGUGUUUGAAGCAAACUACAUUGUAUAUUUCAUGUUCUCUCUCCUCAGAAGGCACAAUCACAAAAAACACAUGAUAAAAAUGGUUGCAGUUCUCAAGGCUAAAAACUUGCAUAUUUAGUUUAUUCGUUGAAGGCAAACUCUUCAAGGCCUUAAAAUGGAUGUCAAAUCUGAGUGUAGAUCUGAUCCUCACAAAUAUUUGCUUUUUAUGUGUAUCACAUUACCUAAACUUAUGUUUUUGAAUCUUCAAGUCAAUUUUUUUAGAUAUAUAGAAAUGGUUCAAGCAGCUGCAUUACAGAAAUACAAUUACUGUUUACAUGGACAUUUUGGUUGAAAAAACAAUAAAUGUUUUGCAACAAA